CGCACCUAUACACAGCGGCUGGCGCUUCGAAACAUGCGCGUCGCUUGCGUCGCUGCAGGCCUGCGGGAUGACAUUGCUCAAUGCGGCAAUUAUAACUGGUAUAGUCCUUGACUUUUGCCAAGAGCCAGAAAAGCGUCUCCGAGUCGGCGCCACUUUUUUGAAGGCGGUCAUAUGGCUUACUGAGGUAGCGUUGGUUAUGGGCAUUGCGAGCCUCGCCGUGUACGCAGGGCCGGCCCAGAUGGAGUGCUUGAAGAGAGUACUGAAGCAGUUACAAAAGAUCAAAUCGGACCUGAAUCUAAACAAUCCAUUCGCUAAAACUGAAAAAAUAAAAAGUAUCAUAAUGGUUAUAUUGCUGAUGUGGGUAGUCUUCGUUAUGAUUAUGGAUGUUGUAUUUUAUUAUCCACAAAGUUUAGAAGAUGGCACGAUUACUAUAUUGUGCCUGCAUCUGUCAUUUUACGUGGCACACUUGUUGUGGUGGCUGGCGGUCCUGCGCUGGGCUCUCACAGUUGAGACCGUGCAUGGUGCAGCUGCAGCUAUCAACCAUCGCUUGCAAUCGCUUCGUCUUCCUACCAUGAAGCCAGCGCCGAUGACGCUGGAAGAGUUCCUGAGCAAACCACGCUCCAUCAGCACUCUACUACACUGCAUUACGGGUCCAGCCUUGACAGCGAAGACGACUGAAUUGGGAAUGCCAAACUUUACUUACCCAGCGCAACUGAAAACCCAGAUUCGGCGUCUCGCUCUCUCACACGAGCGUAUUGGCGACAUCAUGAGACAGAUGAACGAAACCAACGGCUUAUUGCUCAUGAUCAUACUCAUGACCACUUUCAUGAAACUGGUUGUGACGCCAUACUACAUGUUGAUAUAUGCACUUGAUGGCGAGAGAAACGUGGUGUUCGAUGUGAUGCUGUCUCUGAACUGGAGUCUCGCCAUCCUGGCUAUCCUGGUACUGACCAUAGAGCCGUGCCACAGGGUGCAUUCACAGAGAGAGCGCACCGAGGUCCUACUGAGACAGCUGACACACGUGGCUCCAAGUGGGCAGCUAAAUAAGGAAGUGGAGCAGUUCACUAAGCUGGUUGUGCUGAACAAGCCCAGGUUCACGCCGCUUGGAAUCUACACCCUGGAUCGGCCGCUUAUGGCGAUGAUGCUGAGCGGUAUAACAACGUAUUUAGUCAUCAUCAUACAGUUUCAAAAGCUCUCCCACAAACUUUAAAAUACGAC